UUUUAUUAUUUCCAUUGUUGUUGUUUUCAUUAGAUAACAAAAUCACGUCUGAGAUAACAAAUAUUAACAUUUCUCUAAUUUUGGCCAUAGUGGCAGUGAUAACAAUUAACUGAUUUUGCAUAAACAUGAGAAGAGUUGCCAGGAUUUGUUAUGCAAAUGCAAACAAGAUAAAUGGGCUAGGAUAUACAUCCUGUCGCACUGUAGGCACUACUUCGGCUUUAGCAACAUUACCAAGGCUCCAAGUGGAAUGGGAACAAUUGGGAGCUGCUCCUUACUUAUCCACACAACAAAAACGUGGAUAUGUCCCAGACAAUAUGUCAACGGCCAGCAACUGCUGGAACUGCAAAAAGGACACCACGGACAGAAUGUUAUGUCAGCAUUGUAAACAUUUGCAAGAUGUCAACACUGAAGUGAAUUAUUUUGAAUUAAUGGACUUUCCCCAAACAUUUGCCUUGGAAGCUUCAAUGUUGACAAAGCGUUUUCGACAACUUCAGUCAUUGGUCCAUCCAGAUAAAUUUACUAACAAAACCUCACGUGAACAAUCCAAUUCAGCCGACUGGAGUUCUUUGAUAAACAAAGCAUACAAAACUCUAUUGAUACCUAUAGAACGUGGCCAAUAUCUUUUAAAAUUGCACGGUCGUCAAAUUCCUCAGGACAAUAGCGCUUUAGAUAAAGAAUUUCUAAUGGAAAUGAUGGAACGCAACGAGGAGGUUGAUGAGGCAAAUACAAAGCAAGAACUGGAAGAUAUUCACGAGAGUUUAACGAAAGAACUAGAAGAAAAAGUAAAGCAUUUGAGUAAACAUUUCGCGGGCAAUAAUUUGGAAGAAGCAACUGCUGUAAUGGUGGAAAUGAAAUAUUUGCUGAGCAUACAAAAAACGAUUAAAAAUAAAUUGCAAUCGCUGAUGGGCAGUUGAGUUUUUAAAUGGCUAAAUAUUAAUGCUAGCAAUUUUAAAAGAUAACUAUAAUGUUAAAUAUAUAUGUAUAUUUAAAUAUGUAUCUUUAUAUUUUAUCCUAUAACAAAUUAUAGUAUAAACAACUUUAUACGUUAAA